UAAGCAGGCCCCUCCUCCUUCCAUCUCCAAGGGGCUUUGGGAAAGGUAUAAAAACGCACCACCAUCCUCUGCGUCAGGACCAGUUGAAGUGCAAUAUUGAAGCCUGUACUGUACGAUUCAGGAUCCAGACUCUAACCUCAAGGCAUGUUGACCAGGAAUUUUCUCAUCUUCUGCUCUCUGGCAGUUCUGCUAGUACAAGCUGACUUCGAUACUAAUAACGAUCACGCUGCCCAAGCCAUGUCCACAGAUAAGGACUCAACCUCGGAGGAAGCUCCAACUGAGAGCAUAAAUGCCAUCUCCUCGGAUCAGCCUAACGCUCCUAAACCUAAUGGGGUCACUGGACCUGGUGUUGCAGCAAACAGUGUUGAGGACCAGGAGGAGGAUGAAAGCUCAGAUGAAGGUCUGAAAAAAAAGAAUGUUCCUCCUCCUCCUCCUCCUCCUACUCCUGCUCCACAACAAAACUCAGGAAAGUUAGUUGGGCCAGCAGGUGGGAACCGGAGAAAGGCCCCAGCCCCACAACAAAAGAGGAGAUCACGACCCUCCCGCCGUCAGCAGUGAAAUGCCAAAAAGACACAGAGGCAAACAUUUACUUUUAGUUAAUUGCAUAGAAGAAGAAACAUAUUGUAUCCUAUUACUGUAUAUGCCAUAACAUGAACGUGUACAGAACCGUACUUGCAUGACAUGACAUAUUGUUUACUGUAACGUCUGUGGAAAACACUCAGUUCAAUACAAACUCAUGGGCAUUUCUCUGUGAAUAAAAAUGUAGGAUUAAAUUAACAAUGUAUUGUGAUGACAUAAAACCAGGCCAAAUUAUUAUAACUGACCUUGACCUUAAGAGCCACUGAAACGGCUCUAAAUUCACCAACCUGUUUCAAAAUAGCAAGGACCUCACUCCCAUGAAAAUACCUCCAUUUCUAAAUGAGCGCACACACCGCACUAAAUGUCGAUCGCCGUUCAUUCGGCGUGGUGUGUUUUCUGGACCACUUGCCUGUGGGCGUCUGACUGCCAACAUUUUCGCGUGGUUUGCACUCGGUUUGCAAAUUACAGCUGGCACUCUGUUCAGAGGUGCUAAGUACUCUCGGCUGGCAAACGCUACCGGUGUGUCAGUGACUUUAGAGAGACUUGCUAUUUUGAUCAUGAGCCAGUUGGUGGAAAUAUGGAGUUACGAACUAGCAAUACAAUAUUGUUAGCUAAAGUGAAAAGACUAGAUAUUCUUUACAGAAAAAGGCUAAAGAAAUCCCAUAAUUUCUCUCAGUUGACGAGGAUACCUUUUACUGUUGCUGCCUACCCAAAGACUGUUAUACUGUCCUCAGUCAGCAUAUCUUUUAGUGCAUAAUCUUUCAAAACAACCCUGCUCUCGAACACAAAACCAGUGUUGCAAUCAAAAAUGUUUCUUUCUUUUUUUCUAAUCAUCAUUUUAUACCCACAGUAUUCAACACAUUAUGUAUGAAACAUGUUUGAUGAAUAUCAAUUUCAAAACAUGUUUAAGUGUGAACCUCUGUAUCUUACAUCAUAUCAUUCCAAAUAAACU